AAAUCAAAAUAAUAUAAACAUCGCGCAUGUGAAAUUGGUUUUUCUCAUUUUAUGUCGUAAAUGGUUCAAUAAUAAGAUGCUUACUCCACGUUUUAAGUUAACACAAGAUGAUAACCAUGUGUAUAUUACCAUUAACGCGCCGUAUACAAAUAUACGAGAAACCGAAGUGGAUGUUGAUGGUGAGAAUUUCCUCUUUGUCUCCAGUCCUUACUUCCUUCGAUUGCGAUUGCCCGGCAAAAUUGUCGAAAGUGAACGCUCUAAAGGAUCCUACGUCUGCGAUUCUGGGGACUUCACGUUUGUUUUCGACAAGGAAACAUCAGGGGAACAUUUCGAAAAUUUAGACAUGAUUACGAGUUUGCUGGCGCCGAGAGACAUUCCAGACGUGAACCCCGACUUGAUUCAGAUGCUAGAGGAGGACGGGGUGACUGUCGAAGACGAUAACGACGACAGCGAUAGCGUAAACUCGGAGAAAUAUACGUAUGGGUUCGGAAAUAAGAUUUCUAACCAAUUCUGUGAGAUAGGCACUGAAUUUCCGCAGAUUUUUGAAUUAAAAACGCCAGAAAACGUCCCAGUUGAAGAGAGGCAUGAAUUGCGGCAGAAAUACGAAAACCUCAAGUUUUCUUCCGAUCACUACUUAGCUGAUUUGUAUGAAAAAGAAUUGAUUGAACCGUACCUUGUGUGUGUGGCGAAAUGGGAUGGACCUGACUUCAAUAUUGAAGUAGAUACAGCUUUCGAUGACGAAGAAGUGAGCGUUUUAAAAGAAUUACCAAAUAAACAUUAUAUUUUAACGAGCACUGAGAAUAAACAGGUUCUAUUGGGUCUCAUAGAUAUAUUGUUUGGUUACUGUUACGAUAAACGAACCACAAUGGAUGAGAGUACAAUUGAGUCCAGUUGGACGAUUAACAAGCUGUCCUCCACAUUGAGCUGGUUUUGUGUUUUUAAUGACUACAAAGAAGUUCUCGUUGCAUGUUACAGACGGGCACUGAUAUAUCCGAUAUUCCGUAACUUUGAACUCUGCAACAAAGUCAAGCAAGAUCUCCUAUCAUUGCUGCGUAAAGGAAAGAAGUUUGUCAUCAAAUGCUUAGUCAGUAUUUAUAAGAUGUUCAACAAUAGUUGUGACGCCCGGUACAUUUUAAAUCAAUUGUACAUUAAGGAUUAUCUGGUAUACAUUCAGAAGAUCAGGGCCGAAGAAAUUGACGAGCUUUGCAAUAAUAUAGCCAAUGUUGAAGUUACAAAAGCAGACUUGGAUCUCGAAUUGGAAGAAUAUGAAUCUGCUGCUGAUAUUGUCCGGACUGAAGAAAUAAUGGAAAACGAGAUGGCUGUCAAAAUGGCCUCAAUGUCACUAUUGCCAGAUCUCAGACGAAAUGCCUACAAUUUGGAAACUGACAGUGAUGAAACCGAUUCAUCGGAUUCCAGCUCCGAUUCAUCAGACUCCAGCAGCGAUUCAUCAGAUAGUUCAUCGGAAUUGGAUUCAGAUGACGAUCCCCUCUGACGGUACUAUUUCACACUUCUUUCAUACAAUGAAGUGACUGACAAAACAUGCAUACAGUAAUUUGUUUGCGAUAAGGUGAACCUAAGGGACAGACAAGAUGGAAAAAUAAUGGAAUGACUGUUAGAGCUAUACUCCUAACCUGGCAUAUUAAUUGUAAUUGCAAAGAUUAAAAUAUUACCUAAAAUUUUGAAUCCAGUUUAGUAAAUGUUAAAAUACGAAUUUAAAAACUGUUUACCAUAAGACUCUUCUAUGUAUCUUUAGAAAAUAUUCUAUUUGUAUACACACUGAUUGAAUCAAAUCUUCACAUUAAAUGGUGUAUUAGAAAUUUUAUGAAAAUUACAUUAAAUGUAAAAUAUUACUCUUUUUGAU